AUGUCACCCUUCGACAGCCAGAGGCCGGUGGAGAAGUGGCUGCGGGGACCGAUCUGUGGUGGUGUUUCUUCUGUUCACCAAGAGAGCCAAGCUUGUUCAUAUGCUUUUCUAGUCUUCCUUUCCGCUGAAAAUGCAAACAAAAUAAUACAGAGAGCCAAGAGAGCAAACUUCAUCAUAAUAGAGGAACUGCUCAAAGGAAAUCUAGAGAGAGAAUGCUAUGAAGAAGUAUGUACGUAUGAAGAAGCACGGGAAACAUAUGAAGACAAAGAGAAAACAGAUCAGUUCUGGAAUGGAUAUUAUUGUGGUAGACAGUGCUCUUCUAACCCAUGUAUGAACAAUGGGGUGUGCACAGACACUAUUCGAAGCUACAUCUGCAGCUGUCCUGGAGGAUAUAAAGGGAAGAAAUGCCAAAUGGAGGUAAAUGGAUGCCAUCCUGAUGAGGAAGAUGGAUGCCAGCAUUUUUGUGAGCCCAGAUAUGGAUUUGACUUUUACACCUGCUCCUGUGCAACUGGCUACAAGCUUGGUGAAGAUGAAAAGUCGUGUCACCCAACAGAUCCCUAUGGAUGUGGACAAUUACUAAAAGAUGAUGCUACAACAGUAUCAAGUUCACAAGACAAGCUCAAGCCUAUAUUCCCCUGGCAGGUUCUUCUCCUAAAUGCAGAAGAGACACAACACUGUAGCGGAGUUAUAAUCAACCAGUCUCUAGUGCUCACAACUGCCAAAUGCACAGAACAGCACAAACCUUCUUUUGUCAUUGUGGGUAAGUAACAGCAGAAACAAAAGAUCAAGGUAGAGGGCUACCGUGUCCAUUCCAAAUAUUCUAGGGAUACUGGAGACAACAACAUUGCCUUAGUGAAGCUCCAAGACAGUAUCAAGUUCCACAAGCAUGCUUUACCCAUUUGCAUCCCUCAGAAAGACUUUGCCGAGAAUGUGUUAAUGCCACGUAUAUCGGGUACUGUGAGUGGUUGGAAGAUGCCCACCAACACCACUCUGGAAUUAAAGCCUAUUCAAUUCUCUGCAGCAGAAACUGACAAAGGACAUUGUGAGCUGGCUUUUAAUGUAACACAGACUAACCGACUGUUCUGUGGGAUUUCAAAAAAUGCUAUAGAUUCAGCUCUAGUGGACGGAAGCCAUUUUUCCAUUGAGCAUAAGGGUGCCUGGUUCUUGGUAGGUAUGAUGAGUGCAAAUAAUGCAGAGGCAAGCAACCCAAAUGUAUUUCUAUUUACUAAAAUGUCCAGAUAUAAAAUGUGGUUCAUUCAGAACAGCUAA